GUUCCCAAGAUGGCAGCUGCUGCCCCAGCGGAGAAAGCUAGUCUCAGUUUUAAAUUCACAAAAAAAGUCGAGAACAAAGUACUAAGCUGCGAAAAUAGUAGAACAGAACGUGAAGUCAAUGAAGAAAGGGAUUACGUAGUUUCCGUCGACGACAGUGUUGUGAAAAGUUCGCUACCAAAGGCCGAGAAGAAAGAGCUGGUUAUCCCACUUAUAAAGAACAACGUUUGGAGGGUACCAAAGAACGAAAAAUCAGGUACCCAGAAAGAUGCAGGAGACAUCCAUAUACCCGAUGAAGACAAAACAGAACUCUCCUUGGAGCAGCAAGCCAUUAAAGAAAUACUUGCAGAAGCAGCAAACUGUGGAAACUUGGACAGCAAGGGAACCACCAAAGACAUAAGCAUACCGCUGUUAAUGCAGAACAAAGUCCCCGAUGGCUUCGAGACAGAUGACAAAGUCGACGUGUCACUUCGAGCCGAGGAGUCUACGUUAGAAGACUAUGAAAGUGUUCCUAUUGAGGAAUAUGGCCUAGCCAUGCUCAGGGGCAUGGGGUGGAACCCAGGCAAGCCCAUCGGUGCUCGCUGUACUGAGAUAGCUAAACCAAUAGAAGCUGUCUUGAGACCAAAGGGUUUGGGCCUCGGGGCUGACAGCAAAAUGGCGAAGCCUCCUCCUCUUGUGGCCAAGGAAGAUGGGGACCUCGUCCUAAGGACAGGAGCCUACAUCCGUAUUGAGGAAGGCUCACAUAAAGACCUCUAUGGGCAGGUGGAAGGCCUUGAUGAUGAGAAUGCACGUGUCAUUGUAAAGCUGGCUCUAGGUGGCAAAACAGUGACCGUCAGUGAGCUCUUUGUCAGUCUUGUCAGUAAAAAGGAUUACCAGAAGUAUGGAAAGCUACUGAACAAAGAAAAAUAUGAUGACUACAAGAAAAAGCAUGAAGCACAGGAAGAAGUAGUGGCCGAGAAGAGACGAGACGAGCGCGAAAAGCACACGCCGCACAAGAGGUCCAGAGUUGAAAAACAACGGGAAUCGUCCAAGUCGGCUGAAAAGAGAGAGCGAUCCAGGUCACCCAAGCGAAAAGAGCAGUUCUGGCUUCGGCCACAAAUAAGAGUCCGCUUCAUUGACCGCAAGUACAAGGAUGGAAAGUACUACAACACAAAGAUGACGAUCGAAGAUGUCACUUCAAGAACUACUUGUAUGUGUAACACAGAAGAUGGCAAGAUCUUGGAAGACAUCAAAGCAUCAAUGCUGGAAACCGUAAUUCCUAGGAAGGCACCAGCUCAUGUGCUUGUGUUGUUAGGAAGCUACUGUGGGCAGGUUGGAUUAGUGCUGAAAAGGGACAAGGAAAGAUGCUGUGCCACCGUGCAAAUGCUGUAUGACAAAGCAGUCUUGGACUUCAGCUAUGACAGCAUAUCGGAAUACACUGGAGAUAUUUCUCAUCACUACUGAUGCAAUGAAGUGCCCCUUGUAAAACACCUGUACAUAGCUCACACAUCUAAUGACGUAAAAACUCAUGUAGCAGCUGCACAUAACUGCUGCCUUUGCAUGUUCAUCUUGUAGAAGAAAAGAACCAUGUAAAGUACAAUUUUUAGAUGCA